AUGACUGCCUGUCUGUCUUCAACCCCAGGAGCUGAGUUAGUCAUCCCAGUACUUCAGGAUCCAUUAGCACCUCUCGUAGCUACUUGUGCACCCUUCAUUCCCACUCCCUCAACCCACCACCCACCCCUGACCAUUAUUGAGACCACCAAAGAGUCCUUGUCCAAGGCCACUGAGGCGGGGGUACCUUGCUUGUCGGACCGAGGCAGCGAUGAUUGUGAUGAUGAUGGCUUGGUGAUAUCGGGGUCUGGCUCUGGGGAAGCGUUCAAGUCUAACCUGCCCCCUACUGGUGAUGAAGAUUUUUACACGACCUUCUCCUUGGUAACAGCUAAGACCUUAUCCACGUCAGGCUUUGAAGGUGGCUACGAGACUUUUAGACAUAACAAACCUUCAAUCUCCAGACGCAGUAGGACUACCACUACCGCCAUACUAACCGCCGACCAGAGCCCCACCACCGCCACCUCUGCCUCCACCGCAACCCUCCACAAUGCUCCGGCCAAACAGCCGGCUGGCAUAAUGAAUAACCGCGAGCUAAAACCCCAGCCCAACCUAGUGUUGCUUCCAUUGCCCACAACUUUUGAGGUAGACAGCAGCAAGCUGAGGGGCCCAUUAAUAACCUCCCCAAUGUUCCGUAAUAUACCCACAGCACUCCCCACAGAGCCGGGCGUCAGGCGAGUUCCAGGGCCCUCGGAAGUGGUCCGUGAAUCUAGCAGCACCACCGGGAUGGUCAUCGGAAUAGUGGCGGCCGCUGCCCUGUGCAUCCUCAUCCUUCUGUAUGCCAUGUAUAAGUACAGGAACAGGGAUGAAGGCUCCUACCAGGUGGACGAAAGCAGGAACUACAUAACCAACUCAGCUGUGCAAAGCAACGGCGCUGUCAUGAAGGACAAACAGCAGAGUUCGAAAGGCAGCAACAAGAAGCAGAAAAAUAAGGAUAAGGAGUAUUAUGUGUGACUGUGAGACUUUCGUGAAGACGAGAGAGUGAAGAAAGAAAGCACUAAGAGAACAAUGACUUUUCCUUGCAAGGAGCUAUGACACAUGAUGGUAUAACAUGGAACUUGAAUAAUCGCAUACUGUGCUGAGUAGUUGAACUGAUAUGUACUGUAAUAUAAAGCACACUUACUAUUGUAAGCAUAACAACAAGGCUAAAUAGCAACUUUAGAGACCUUACUCUUCUAUCUGGUCAGAGACAUUAUCAGUAUAGAAAUAUUUCACAGCUACAUCAUUCUCCCAAGUGACUUUUAGAGCUAUGUGAUCCUUGGCAUUAAACAAAAAACUUUUUUUGUAAACUUGUUAAUUACAAAAGGCUCAUAAUCUUAUACAUUUUCAGCAUGUAAGCAACAUGUAGUGCUUAACAAGAGGGUCAGGCACACCAUCAUUGUAGAAGUAAAAAAAGACUCUUGCUGUAUCAGAGUAUGACACAUUUUUAUGUUUUAUACAUAAUACAAGUUUGGUGUCUAACUUAUAUUUGCUUUAAGCAAAAGGGAAAAAAUGACAAAAAGAACACUAAGAAAAGAAAACUAGUUCUGUGUAUAAAAUGAUUCCAAGUAAGGAACUUGCCAGGGGCAAGAUCUCCUAAAAUCUUUUUGCUCUGGCAUCCGAUUCACCACAAUUAUUUUCAUUGUUUGACAGAAAGAGUGACUCACGUUGUGGGAAGAAGUGGCCGCUCUCUAGGUAAAAAGCAACUGAUUGUAAAAUGCAUGCCAUCCUAAUUCUACAGUAAAGUUCAGUGCAGUAAAAGUCCAGCAUACAGUGUUCAACUUGGACCAUGUUCUCUUAAUUAAUGCCAAAAAGUUGUUCACUAUCAGAGCAGAAUUCCUCUCAAAAAUGUUAACCAUGGAAAAAACGGUCUUUUAAAAAAAAAAAAA